AAACUCGAACCAAAAACUAUCAGAGCGAACCACCUGCCAACCACCAGCCAAUCCCAAAAAGCCCUCGGGAGAGAAGCUCAGGAGCAGCCAGGACGCCCGCCGGCACUCGCCGCCGAUGGGGGUGGACUACUACAAGGUGCUCGGCGUCGGCCGCGGCGCCACCGACGACGAGCUCAAGAAGGCCUACCGCCGCCUCGCCAUGAAGUACCACCCGGACAAGAACCCCUCGCCGCAGGCCGAUUCCCUCUUCAAGCAAGUCUCCGAGGCCUACGACGUGCUCAGCGACCCGCAGAAGCGCGCCAUCUACGACCAGUACGGGGAGGACGGCCUCAAGGCCGGCGCGCCCCCGCCCUCCGCCUCCACGCACGGCGCCGGCGCCCACGGGUUCCGCUUCAACCCGAGGAGCGCCGAGGAGAUCUUCUCGGAGAUAUUCGGCGGCGCGUUCCCGGGGGCGGGUCCCCGAACCCCAGGCGGAGGCGUUCCCCCCGGGUUCCCGGGGUUCGGCGGCGCCGCUGGGCCAGGGGAGGCGUCCAGCGCGGGGUUGCAGAGGAAGGCGCCGCCGAUCGAGCGGCAGCUGGCUUGCAGUUUGGAGGACCUGUACAAGGGCGCCACUAAGAAGAUGAAGAUCUCCAGGGAUGUCCUUGACGCCGCCGGGAAACCAACAACUGUUGAGGAGAUCCUGACGAUUGAUAUCAAACCUGGAUGGAAGAAGGGCACAAAAAUCACAUUUCCUGAGAAAGGGAACGAGAUGCGCAAUGUUGUACCAUCAGAUCUAGUGUUCAUAAUAGAAGAACGGGCACACCCCAAGUUCAAGAGAGAUGGGAACGACCUUAUUUACACACAUAAGAUCUCUCUUGUGGAGGCAUUGACGGGCUGCACUGUCCAAGUGACCACUCUGGAUGGACGAACCCUGACUAUUCCCGUGAAAUCUGUUGUCAGUCCUGCCUAUGAAGAAGUUGUGCAGGGAGAAGGCAUGCCAAUCACAAGGGAGCCUUCUAAGAAGGGGAACCUGCGGAUCAAGUUUCAGAUCAAGUUCCCCACUAAUCUAACGGCUGACCAAAAGGCAGGGAUCCAACAGCUUCUGUCUUAGCCUAGUUGUACAAUAUGAGUGUGUUUAUUCGUUUGUGGAGCAGUUGUAGUGACUUUAGCUGAACAUAAUAUCACUUUAUUCGUGCUAGUGUUGGUGUAUUCUAUCGUAGCUAUUGCAAGAUUAUGCCAAGUGCUAACCUGCCGCUGGAGUUGAAGCUAUUUGUCUCAUCUCCAGAUUCAGUUGUGUCA